AUGAAACCAUCCACAGAGGAAAUAGUAAAACUUUUUCCUACCGAAGAUACAAGCACAUACUACAUUCCACCAAUUUCGAAAAAAAUAUCGCGAAUUGGAAAAUCUCUAAUUUCACGUGGAAAAUUAGUGGACAAAUAUCGGAACAAAACACGUGCCUUGAAACUCAUUCAUGAGUGGAAAUCACCAGACGACCGUAGAACCGAUAGUCCGGACUCAUCCUCCGAUGAAGACGCUAUUCUAGAAGCUAAAGCAUGGCUGCAAAGUCAUUCAAUGCCAUGGGAAAUUGUUGUUACAAAUUGGAAGUUGACGGCUGAAUAUCGACGAAAAAGUAUAAAAUCAAACCGCAAUUUGAAAUUGUCUCAAAUUUUUGAAAGCUGGCCUAUUCUUAAACAUCCAAAUGCAUAUACAUUAAUUGAAGAGGAUUACUCAUGUCUAAAAUUAUCAACGCGAGAAUUAACAUUGGAAAGUUGGACAACUUUUUUUACAAAAGUUUUAGCUGUUCGGCCACCAAAAAAAGACGAUGACGCUGCGAAAGCUUUUGUAGAGUUGAUUCAAUACGACGAGAAAUUGACCGACAAUGCAAAAGUUGUUGCGCAACUGAGACUUCUCCCACAUCUACUUCCACCUAAAAACCGAUUCCGUGUGAAAAAAAUCAGUGGAAACCAUCGAUACCUGAAUGUAAAGAUAGCCUAAUUAUUUCAACUACUUUAAUAGCAGACAUCACGAAAAUACAAGAAGAAAAGAGACAAGCAGCCAC